CGGCGCUACUCGCGAAGGUGUCGCUUUUUGUGUAUAUGGAGCCGCAUGUCGUCGACCUCGACACUGCCGCGCCGAGCACAGACGGUCUCCUUCACACCGUUGCAGCAGUCGGUUUCUUCGGCGUCUUCCUCUUCUGCGCAGUACAAGCCUUUCUCGCGCCUCGCAAAACAUUCUGCUCGCAGGACAUGCCAGAGCCGCGAGCCAAGGCGUCAUAGCCUUGAAUGGCUGCUGCUGCUGCUGCUUCCGUGCGCACGUGCGCUGCACUUUCCGGUUCGCGCCAUGCCGCUGCCACGCGGGCCGAGGCGCACACCUUCGCCGGCUGCGGUCGACGUGGAGGUGCUCAUAGCUGGCGGCAUCCUCGCCGCCGCGGGCUGGCUGCAGUGGUCUGUCUCGUCCGGCGAGCAGGGCAUCAACGCCUUUCUCAUGAAGGAGAAGCAGGACAACCCCUUCUACAACGGCAAGUACAAGCCCGAAGGCACGACGGCGGAGCCGGGCGGAGGCGGCCCCUCGUGGCUGCGCCGCCUGCGGCUACCAAGCCUCCCGUACGUCGAGGUGUAUGCUGGCCAGGCGGGAGGGAGGGGCGCAGCACCUCCGCGGGGCGGCUCCUCUCGCUCGCGGCUCUACGCAGAGCUGGACGCGGCGAUCGAUCGCGAGGACUAUGCGGCCGCCAAGCUGCUCAAGGAGCGCAUCGACGACGAGGCUGCCGCACGGGCGACCGAGGCGCGCGACGGCCCAGCGUGAGCCUGAGCGGCGCCGAGUGGUGCGACGAGCACGGCGCCGCGCCAUGUCGACCCGCGCCUUCUUAUUUUUGUGCGGCCGAGAGCGAGAACGGGACUGGAGCGGAGGGUGCGGCCUCGAGGAUCCGCUCACCGCGCCCACGCGCGUCGCCUGGUUGAGCGUGUUUCCCUUCCGGUUCCGCGCUACUGCGGAUUGGGGGUAGGGUGUCCCAGGAGUACAUGACGCAUGCUCACACGGUAU